AGUUGUUUUGUUGAAAAAGUUCUGUUGUUGACUUGUGGCUCGUCGGGAGUAGUUCUGUCGAGUGGAUUCCUGUUUUAAACUUCAAAUCGCUCCGUUAUUUUUUUUUUUAUCUGUGACUUUUUAGACUGUUUUUAUAAUGGAAAGGAUUAGACGAAACAAGAACAAAAAGAGAGGCCUGUCAGAAACGAAAGUGGUGAUGGUGGGUGAUGCGUCCGUUGGCAAGACGAGUUUGAUGACACGCUACAUGGAACGGGAGUAUAUCGAAUGCACAAGCACAAUUGGAGCAGCUUUUAUUAUAAAAACCUGGGGAAUCCAUGAUAUUGCUAUAUGGGACACGGCGGGCGAGGAGAAAUACGCAGGAAUGACCACAUUUUAUUAUCGUAAUGCUUCAGCUGCGAUAUUGACGUACGAUAUGUUCGAUAGAGCAUCGUUCCAUAAUCUCAGAUUUCGUUACAUUCCGGUACUAAACGAUGUGGCUUCCGCUCAACUGAAAGUGAUUGUGGCUAACAAAAGUGACCUCCUCGAUACCCACCAGAGACAAGUAACUAAGGAAGAAGGCCUGGAACUAGCGAGGGUAUCAAACCCCCACCUGAAUCUUGACAACUCGAACCUUCCCUAUUUCGAAACUUCGGCCAAAACUGGAGAUAACGUGGACGAAAUGUUCGAAUACGUUUUCAGGCAUUUUUAUUCCAAUCCAGAUGCAGAGUCCGCACCUUCGAGUGAUGAGAACCUCGAAGCAAGUAUCAAACUUGAAAGCUCGCCGAAAGGGCAAUCGAACUAUUCUUGUUGUUAAUAACCACCGUUAAUUCCCAUUCAGGAAAUUUGCAAAAUGAAAUAAAAAUGCACCGUGGACCUUCUUAACUAGAUUUUAAAGACAUACUUCAACUCGGUUUUUAUACUUUUUAGAAUGACAUUUUUUUUUUUUUCUCCCUACAAAAUAUAAUUCCUGCGACAGAUAAACCCUGGAAGUUUUGAGUAUUUUGAUAAAUUUUAAUGAAAUAAAAAUGCAUGAAUGUUUAAAUAAUUAUGUGAUGUGGUGCUCCAAAGUUGUGUUAAUUGGAUGUGUUGCAAAGACUUUUAUUCUAUUAGAAAAUUAAGUUAAUUUUUUAUAAAAAAAAUGUUAUUUCAUUUUUGCAAAGUACUGAUAUUCUUCUUAGCUUUCUGUUAUUUGUUAUAUUGAACGAUGAAAGCUCGUUUAAGAGCUGGAAAAGCUGUGAUAUUUCAUCAGUAUUUUUCAUUUUUUUUUUCUGCAUGUUUUUGAU